CACGUGCUCAUAAUCAGAAGCAUUUGUUUACAUUAGCAAGUCAGUACUGCCCGCUGUUCCAUCGUAGUGGAUCGCAGACCGCAGCGACGAAGCAAAAUCGUCCGAGUCCCGCUGCCUCAUUUUCGUACCGCAAGAUGGAUUUCGACUUUUUACCCAGGGAACUCGACGACAUCAUGAAGCAGGCGAUCGCGAGUAGCAACGAGGAGACCUGCUACAUAAUCGACCAGCACGAGGUGAAUCCGACGCUGGGUGAAAACAACGGCUUCAUCGGCGACAUCGGCAAGCUCAUAAUCGAGUUUCGCGACAUGACGUGGGAGAGGCCGCAGCAAGAGUCGUUCGAGCUCGAGAGCUGCGAGUUCCUGGUGAAAGUCCAGCCGCCAGUGCGCGAGUACGAGAGCUCGCGCUACGUCACGGAUCGCGGCGUCUUCUCGUACAGGCCCGAGCUCUACAACGAGCUGCUGCCCUUCGUGACCAAGUAUCAUCGGAAGAAGAACAGCGAGGACUUGGCGCCCAAGUGCUACCUGGCCAAUCGUCGAGUGCUGGUCCAGGAGGACCUGCUGGCCCAGGGCUUCUACGCCUGUCCCAAGGGAAGCUGGCUCGGUCUCGAGGAGCUCCGAGCCGGUUUGAGGGCGUUGGCGCGAUUCCACUCGGCGGGGAUGCUCGCCGACUGGCGCAACUACUCGACGCUCCGGGACAAAUUCCCGAGGCUGUUGGAGCGUCGCGAGAAGAAGGCGCGCUUCAUCGAGGCUCGGGUCCGCAAGGGCGUCGGCUUCAUCGAGAAGCUGCUCGAGCUGAGCCCGUUGGCGGCUGUGCGCGAUUUCAGCGAGGCGCUGAUGAAGGUGCUCGAUCGCGCCUACAACUGGGACGACGAGGACAAGGAGGCCAAGGAGGUGCUGAGCCACGGCGCCGCCUGGCCCAGCAGUCUGCUGUUCAAGCGAAAAAAUCCAAAAAAUCCAAAAAAUCCCCAAGACAGUUCCCAAGAGUCCACGGCAGAGAAGACCGACGAGCUCGAGGCCGUCCUCACGGACUACGACGCGGUGCAUUACGCCCCGAGGACUCUGGACGUGGCCCAGUUCAUCUACACGGGUGUGCAUCCCCGCGAUCGCAAACACCUAGAGGACAGUCUGCUCUCGUGCUAUCAGCAGGAGAUGUUCAGGUGUCUGGGCGAGCCGGGCCUGGGCUUCGUCGGCUACGAGGCGCUCAAGCAAGAGUACGAGGAGAUGAGGAUCGUCGCCAUGUAUCUGUCCACGCGCUACCUGCCCAUCUGCUGGCUAGAUCGGAAGAUGCUGUCCGUGUGCUGGGCCGAGCAUCUCGACGACUUCUACGAUCGGUUCGUCCUGACGGACGACCACGAGGCCAUCCUGGAGGUGUGCGCGUGGAACGACAAGUACGCCAAGAGGGUGUUCAGACUGGUGAAGCAGCUGCUGCGGGCGUUGCUCGAGCGCGACGACCAGUUCAGGGAGAAGAACUACGAGUUGGUGCGACGCUUCGGGCUCGUCAACUGGAAGAAGGUAGUUAAUAAAUCGGCAGAGGUCGAGGAGUGGAUGUCUGCAUCUACGGCUUCGUUGGGCGAGUCGAUCGCGUCGUCGACGUCAUUAGCUUCGAUAGAUACGGUUGACGCGUGGAAGUAA